AGUUUGUUACUAUCGUAUAUUUUGUUUUGAAAGUCAAGCAACUUUGUGAUAUUCUUACUACUGGUUACUGAUAAAUUCAAGAAAACACUCAUACUGUCUCAAUAUUUAUAUAUUUUUCUAACUAUAUCGUUAGCCAAGUUACCAGCAUAAUAAUAGUAAUAAUAGUAAUUGGUGGCUUCUAUUCGAUUUAAAAAUAAGUUUUAAAAUUAGCUACUGCUGACAAACAAAUUAGUAGUAAUUGGUAUAAAAUAUAAUUAUAUAUUGAGCUGCAAUAACAUGGAGGAUAAUACCAACGAAAAGAAAGAUGAUGAUCUAAGUGAUAGCAUUGCAAUUGAAAUUCCUUUCGCCUUGCUAGAUUAUCUCAGUUCGAGUGAUUGCAACUUGCAAAACGUGUGCCGUAUAUGCCUCACCAUAGGCGAUGAUAUGAUUCCCCUGAUAGAUAACAAAGAAUCUGCUGUGUUAUGCAUGUUGUCUUCAUUCACAUCAAUUCAAGAUUGUCCAGAGGAGGAUCUGCCUUUACAAAUUUGUGAGUUAUGUAGAUCACAAGUGGAAUAUUGUUAUGAAUUUAAGGUUAAAUGUGAAAAAUCUCAUUUUACACUGAAGUCAUUGCUAAAGGAAUUUUCUACUAAAGAGCUUCUUAACAAAGUUGUAGAAAAUGUAAUUAAGGAACAGACCUUAGUUGAAUCCACAAUUAAGGAUGAUUCUGAAAUAAGAGAUGUUGAAUAUCUGGAGGACAUUGAUGGCAUUACAAGUGACAAUGAAGGUCUUUAUAUAGUACAACACACAAAAGGAACUAAAAAAAAGAGUAAUAGAACUAUCACAGAUUGCAAUACAUAUUUGGGAAAUGUGAUUACAAAGAAAAAAUCUCUUCACAAAGGACAAAAACCUUAUAAUUGCUUAUUUUGUUCAAAGAUAUUCUUUAGGGUAAAACAACUUAGAAGUCAUAUGAAAAAGCAUGAGAACUCAAAAAAUUCAUAUUCCUGUGUACAGUGCCAGAACUCAUUUAGUUCUGAACAUGAUCUAAGAUUACAUUCUGCACUACACGAAAAAGGCCCAACAUGGAGAUGUAAUAAAUGCCAGAAAGAAUUUAAAGCAAAAUCAAUGUUGAAUCGUCACAUUCAGAGGCAUAUGGAUCUGAAGCGUUAUGCAUGUGAAACUUGCGGCAAACCAUUCACGGAACUUUAUGCUCUACGACGGCACAUACGGGUUCACACCGGCGAGACGAUUGAAAAGAAACACGCUUGCCAUAUCUGUGACAAGAGAUAUAGCGAGAGUAAACUCCUGGAGGCGCACAUAGCGGGACACAGCGGUGCGAGACCGUACGUGUGUUCAUGUGGCAAGACGUUCCCUUCGCCGCGCCUGCUCGCCUCCCACCGUCUAGUACACUCUGAUCGCAAACCUUACGCCUGCACCUACUGCGAUAAAAGGUUCCGCCACGAGUCGACACGAAACACCCACCAUCGUACCCACACCGGCGAGAAACCGUACGUUUGUUCCACCUGUGGAAAAAGAUUCAUACAGAACUCCAAUCUGACAUUGCAUAUACGGACACAUACAGGCGAGAGACCUUAUUCCUGCGAUAUGUGUGAUCGCAAGUUCACAUCGGGACCGUCGCUCAAAUGCCACCAACGUACUCACACCGGGGAAAAGCCGUACAGCUGUAAUAUUUGCGGAAAAAGGUUUGCUCGAAUGGAUUUAAGUGUACAUAUGCGAUCCCACACAGGCGAGCGACCCUUUGCUUGUAGCGUAUGUCCUAAAAAGUUCAUCAACGCCACACGACUGCGUGAUCAUUGUCGUAUGCAUACAGGUGAAAAACCAUUUCAAUGUGAGAUAUGUAUGCUAAAAUUUACUACAAAAUCACAUUUAGUGAAGCAUUUAAAAACACAUGAAACAAAAAAGAAAAUAGACAAAAAGGAUAUGGUAUUAGUACAGAGAAUAAACUAUGGCAGUCCAAUAAUAGUCACGGAUAAAUAUAUUAUUACGAAUUCUAACGACAUUGGACAAAUAACUGCCCAGAAUAGAACUCUCGAGUCAACAGAGAUGGGGGAUCCUUUGGAAGUUGCUGGCGAAUUAGUCGUUCAAGAUAAUGCAGCUGUAAAAACCGAAGUAUUAGUUGUCAAUGACGGUCAAAGUAAUAUAGAAUACCAAGGUAAUAAUACUUGUGUAAGUGAUGGGGUCGCAUAUAUGAACAGUGAUGUUAGUUUUACUGGUGAUGUCAAUUUGGUGACAAUGAAUGAAGAGGAAGUUAAUAUAGCGAAUGUAGCUACUACAGGAGGCGUAUUAGAAGGCACAACUCUCAAAUUGUACCAAGUGGAUCAGAGUUUAGUACAAAUACAUAGUUCCGGAGGUCAAGUUACAAUUAGCAAGAUAACCAGUAAAAUGACUGCUAAUUUUUAGAACUAAUAAAUUA